AUGGCUGAUGUGCCCCCCUGGGGACAUGGGGGUGACGGCGCUGGUGAUCCACCGAUUCCUCCUGGUGGAUUUCGUGGCACACAUGAGACAGACGCGGUUCCCCCGAAGAGGGUUAGGGGGAAAGCAAAAAACGAGAAACUAAGGCGUCUGGUAAAAGCGGGGGGGCCUGUAUCGCUUACGUUUGACAGGCAGGUCACGUAUACCCCUGUCGGUAAAACAAGGGAUAUGUUUUCACGGGAGGCCGGCCUGUAUAUGUGGCGGUCCAUCCCCCUCGAUAAAAUUGGAUGGGAUAACGUUGAACAACAUUACAAGGAUGCCCUCAUGAACCACUUACGGGUAAAUAACUUAUAUGCAUAAAAUUUUAUCAAAUAUUUAAGCACAUGCAAAUCUAAUUUAUAUAUGAUAUUUUAACUUUUUUAUUUAAUUUGUAGGAAAAUUUCAAUUUUGAUGAAGUGGAACGUGAUAUAGAGGCCAAAAACUUGACGGGUGGCAUUAGGGCUGUGCUUAUGAAGCGGUACUCUGACCGCA